CAGACCUGGGCUAAGGAAGAGGCAGAGGCCACAGCUGGCUUUCCGCCCACCUCACCCUCUCCCCAGUCGCCGGCUUAACAGCCCUCAGCCUCUGCUCCUUCAGGUACCCAGGUACUGGGACUUAGCUCCUCCCCUUCUCUGGGGCCUCCAGCGCCCCCAGGCCCGUGUCCCACCAUGUCGAUGGCUGUAGAGACCUUUGGCUACUUCAUGGCAGCCCUGGGGCUGCUGAUGCUGGGGGUGACCCUGCCACACAGCUACUGGCGAGUGUCCACCGUUCACGGGAGCGUCAUCACCACCAACACCAUCUUCGAGAACCUUUGGUACAGCUGUGCCACCGACUCCCUUGGAGUCUACAACUGCCGGGAGUUCCCGUCCAUGCUGGCCCUCUCUGGGUACAUUCAGGCCUGCCGGGCACUCAUGAUCACUGCCAUCCUUCUGGGCUUCCUGGGCCUCCUGCUAGGCAUUCUGGGUCUGCGCUGCACGAACAUCGGGAGCAAGGUGCUCUUCAGGAAGGCCAAGGUGGCGGCUGCCGCAGGGGCCCUACACAUAGUGGCUGGUUUAUGCGGGAUGGUGGCCAUCUCCUGGUAUGCCUCCAACAUUACCAAGGACUUCUUUGACCCCUUGUAUCCGGGUACCAAGUAUGAGCUGGGUUCUUCCCUUUAUCUGGGCUGGAGCGCCUCUCUGCUCGCCAUCCUGGGAGGCAGCUGCCUCUGCUUCAACUGCUGCUGUGGCGAAGACGAGGACCCUGCGGCAGCCGCCAGCUCCUGGGUUCCCUACAAAGCCGCCAUCAAACCCACAUCCAACCUCACUGUCCAACUGACCCAGCCUGCAGCCUUGGAUGAAGGUGACAGCAGCUUUGGCAAAUAUGGGAAAAAUGCUUAUGUGUAGCAGACCUGACCCAAGGACCCCAGAGAAAAGGGGUUCCCAAAGCCCUGGGCUCCAGGCGCCACCCCUGCUGAUGGCUACAACCUUUAGGAUUAUUCAGCCGCCUUGGGGACUCAGGUGGGUGCCCAGAAGCCAUGCCCAGUUCUAACCACACUUCAGGCCCCGCCUCUCCAGCCGGAGCUCCUGGCCACCCCUAUUUCGUCUGACCCAACGGACCCUCCCAGACUAAGAAUUCGCCUCUUCAGAGCUUACAGUGGACUCCUGAGGCUGGGCCCCUCCUUUGAGAACAUAGGUUCUCAAUUGUAAGACUUUGUAAGGUUGUAAUGGGCCCCCAAAGUUUGUAGUUUUUGUAAUUGCAUGCAAAAUAAAUGUUAUUGUGAACUGUUCUCGGGGCUGGGGUGUCAAGAAGCAGCUUUACGCCAAGCAAGAGAUAGCCAGGGCAGUGCCGGCGUAAUCUCAGUUCCUGGAGCCCAGACUGU